UAUCAACCUACCCAUAACCAUCUUCGAAUCUAUACUCAUACGAAGCUUUUUGUUUCUUGUACCAAGCAUUCGCAGCGUACAUUUAUCAUCAUGACUGCUUCAUCCUCUUCUGCCGCUUCAUAUAUCCAUAUGGUGCAACACUUGAUAGAGGAGUGCAUAUUAUUUAACAUGAGCAAGGAAGAAUGCAUGGAUGCGCUUGCCAAACAUGCCAACAUCUUACCUGUCGUUACUUCCACAGUGUGGAAGGAGCUGGAGAAAGAGAAUAAACAGUUCUUUGAGGCUUACUCCAUGAAUACAAGAGAAAUGAGAAGUUUGGUUAAGGAGAAAUCAGCGGUUACUGAUUAUGAGUUGGAAACUAUGAAGCAAAGAAUCCACAAGAUGCUAAGCGAUCUUAGAUCUUCUGCAUCUGAUGGGUCAACUUGUUGACAUUAUUAAUUAUACACAGUGAAGAAGCUGCCUUCAGCAAGUUUGUUGAGAUUGAAACAGUUAUAUAUUUCUGUUUUGGGCUGGCUGUUACGGAUAGAUUAUUCAUCUUGCGUCCGGACAAGAUAAUAAAAUGAAUAUUAGAUGGGUUA